UCUAUCCCCAUUUCAGACAGUAUUGAGCAGACUAACCGCACGGAGAGCUUAAAUAACCUUUAUCUUCAUCAUGUCCACCUCUUCCUACAGGAAGAGAUUCGGAGAUGUGUCCCGGAGCAGCGCUUUCUCCAGCCGCCAAACUCUCAACUCCUCCACCCGCGCACGGGUGUCUUUCGGCGCGUCCUCGUCUCCGGUUAUUUACCCGUCAAAAAGCGCAAAAAUCCGAAGCAGCGCCGCGAUGCCACGACUUACAUCUGAGACUUUGGAUUUUAACCUCUCGGACGCCUUAAACACGGAAUUUAAGGCGAACCGGAUGAAUGAAAAGGUGCAGAUGCAGUCGCUGAAUGACCGCUUCGCUAGUUACAUCGAGAAGGUGCGCUUUCUGGAGCAGCAGAAUAAGAUCCUGAGCGCGGAGCUGGAGCAGCUGAGGGGGCAGAGGUCAUCCCGCAUCGCGGAUCUCUAUGAGGAAGAGAUGCGGGAUCUGAGGGGGCAGGUGGAUCGGCUGACCACCGAGAAAACACGAGCUGAAGUGAUGCGAGACAACCUGGCUGAAGAUGUAGAGCGACUUAAAGAGAAACUGCAGGAUGAGAUGCUUCAGCGAGAAGAUGCAGAGAACAGCAUGAAGAGUUUCAGACAGGAUGUGGACAAUGCGGCUCUUGCUCGAGUGGAUCUGGAGAGGAAAGUGGAGUCUCUUCAGGAUGAACUGGCCUUCCUCAAAAACCUCCAUGAUGAGGAGCUGGCAGAGCUGCAGACUCAGAUUCAGGGCCAGCAGGUGCAGGUGGAGAUGGACAUGGCUAAACCUGAUCUGACAGCCGCUCUCAGAGACGUCAGACUGCAGUACGAGAACCUGGCAAGCAAAAACAUACAGGAGUCAGAGGACUGGUACAAAUCCAAGUUUGCAGACCUUACUGAAGCUGCUAACAGGAAUAAUGAAGCUCUGCGACUGGCCAAGCAGGAGACCAAUGAGUACCGGCGUCAGGUGCAGGCGAUCACCUGUGAACUGGACGCUCUCAGAGGAACAAACGAGUCUCUGGAGCGUCAGAUGCGGGAGAUGGAGGAGAACUUCAGUAUGGAGUCAUCUGGUUUUCAGGACACCAUCGGCCGGCUGGAGGAGGACAUUGGCAGCAUGAAGGACGAGAUGGCGAGACACCUGCGCGAAUACCAGGACCUGCUCAACGUCAAGAUGGCGCUAGACAUCGAGAUCGCAACCUACAGAAAACUGCUGGAGGGAGAGGAGAGCAGAAUUGCAGCUCCUCUUCCAAACUUCUCCUCCUUCAAUCUGAGAGAAACAAUGCUCGAGUCCAAGCUUGUUCCUGAAAACACAGUUACUAAAAAAGUUCUUAUUAAAACUAUUGAGACCAGAGAUGGCCAGGUGAUCAACGAGUCGACGCAAAACCACGAUGAUCUGGAGUGAUGAAACUGUAAAUCUCUCUGAUGGGAAAACCCAGUGUUCUGCUUCUGAGUGCCUUUACCUGCUGUAAGAAGUGUAGUGAGGAAACAAGAGCUUUAGCAAACUGUGAAUCUUUUUACUGUCUCUCAACCUGCAUUCUCUUUCCACAUACUGUAGCAUUUCUGAGCCAAAAUAAUGCGGUCUGAGCAAAAUGCUUGAAUAAAAACAGUCAAAGAAGA